AUGGAGAUGUGGAGCAAUAGUAUAUUUGGACGUAAAGGAAACAAAAAUCAAAGUGACCGAACUGAUCCAAAUGAUGAAGCAGAAAAAAUGUAUCAGGAGAUCCUUAAUGGUUGUUGUUUAUCCGAAACAAUCAUAAAUAAAUACAUGGAAUUGAUAACUCACUAUUCUCCCAACACAUUAUAUGCGUUCAAUACAAAUUUUUUUACCGCCCUUUCUGAUCACGGAUAUUCCCGCAUUCAUCGUUGGACCAAAAAUGUUGAUAUAUUUUCAAAAGAAAGAUUGUUCAUCCCUAUUUAUUUCAAAUCAAAUAGGUUGUGGAGUUUAAUUAAUGUUAAUUUUAAAGACCAAUCAAUUAGAUAUUAUGAUAGUGUUGGAAGAGGAUACCAGGGUGGUAUAAGAACCCAACAAUUAAUAUUGAAAUAUUUAAAACUGGAAUAUUUAAUGAGAAAGAAAAGAUUUUUAUGUACAACCCGUUGGAAGUAUACUAAUGUGAAUAAUUUACAUCAUGGAUUUAAGUUUUGGGAUAGUGGAUUAUUUGUGUGUCUUGUUGCACACCACUUCGCACGAAACGUAUCAGAAGAUGCUAAACUGACCAUUACUUCAAAAUCCAUUGGUGGUCAAGAAAUUGUCAAGCAAAAUCUUAUAUCACAAUUUAAAAGCAACUCUUUAAAAACUCUGAAAAUUUAA